UUGGUUAUUUCUUUUCUCUCUCUCUCUCUUUCUCUCUCUCUCUCUCUCUCUGUCUUUUUCUUUCUUUUUUUCUCUAGUCUGAAUUUUGUAUCGUCUUCUUCAUUUCUUUGGUUAUUUCUUUUCUCUCUCUCUCUCUCUCUCUCUCUCUCUUUCUCUCUCUCUCUCUCUCUCUCUGUCUUUUUCUUUCUUUUUUUCUCUUGUCUAAAUUUUGUAUCGUCUUCUUCAUUUCUUUGGUUAUUUCUUUUCUCUCUCUCUCUCUCUUUCUCUCUCUCUCUCUCUGUCAUUUUCUUUCUUUUUUUCUCUAGUCUGAAUUUUGUAUCGUCUUCUUCAUUUCUUUCGUUAUUUCUUUUCUCUCUCUCUCUCUCUUUCUCUCUCUCUCUCUGUCUUUUUCUUUCUUUUUUUCUCUAUUCUGAAUUUUGUAUCGUCUUCUUCAUUUCUUUGGUUAUUUCUUUUCUCUCUCUCUCUCUCUCUUUCUCUCUCUCUCUCUCUCUGUCUUUUUCUUUCUUUUUUUCUCUAUCUGAAUUUUGUAUCGUCUUCUUCAUUUCUUUGGUUAUUUCUUUCUCUCUCUCUCUCUCUCUCUUUCUCUCUCUCUCUCUCUCUCUCUGUCUUUUUUUCUUUCUUUUUUCUCUAUCUGAAUUUUGUAUCGUCUUCUUCAUUUCUUUGGUUAUUUCUUUCUUCUCUUUCUCUCUCUCUCUCUCUCUCUCUCUCUGUCUUUGUUUUUGCUUUUUUAUCUCGUUUGAAUUUCGGCACCUCAUUUUCUUUUUUUCUUUUUUGCCGACAUUUUUUUCUCUGAUCUCCUUUUUAAUUUUUUCGCUUCUUUUUAUUUUUUUCCAUCUUAUGCCUCUCUCUCUCUUUCUCUUUCUCUUUCUCUCUCUCUCUUUCUCUCUUUCUCUCUCUCUCUCUCUCUCCCCCAUGUUUUUACUUUUUUAUCUCUUGAUCACAUCUUUUUUAUUUAUUUCUUUCUUCUUCAUUCCUCUAUCUCUUUCUUUUUUCUUUUCUCCUUCUCGUUUGAAUUUUGCCACCUCUGUUUUCAUUUCUUUCUUUUUCUUUUCUCUCUCACUCUCUUUCUUCUUUGAAUUUGUCGCUUCCGUUUCAGAUUUUCGUUCUUUUCUAUUCUCCCUCGAUUUCGUUUUUUUCUUUUCUCUCUUUCUAAAUUUUUUAGAUCAUUUUUCGAGUUAUUUUAAUUCUUUUCUAAUUUCUUUUUUUUCCAUUCCUUUUUGUUCAUUCUUCCUUUCCUUUAUACCAUUAUUUCUUCUUCUUUCUCCCUUUACUAAUAUUUCUUAUAUUUUCUCCUCUUUAUUGUUUUUCUUUUCUUUCUUUAUUCUUUCAAAUUAUUUCUUCCAUAUUUUCUUUUAUUCUUCUCUUUCCUUCAAAGAAUUUUUUUCUAUCUUUCUUUAUAAUUAUACUUUCUUUUUCGAAUUCCUUUAUUUCUCUUUUUUAAUUAUUUUUCUGUUUUUUAAAUCAUUAUUUUUCUCUCAUUUCUUUCCUCCAUUUUCCUUCCUCUCCUUACUAAUUAAUUAUAUCUACCUUCCUUUAUUUAUUCUAUGCAUUAUCUUCGUCUCUUUUCGUCUCCUUUUAUUUUUGUUCUUUCUCUUCCCAUCUUUAUAUUUAUUUAAUAUGCAAAAGCUCGCAGAAUAUCAGCAUUCUUCUCUCGGUUAUUGUAUUUCCUGUCUAAACUCUUUUUCACUUCUCUUCAUUUCCUCUUUUCUCUCUCUCGCCGUCAUAGCCUUUUCCGUUUCCUCUCCUAUCCACAACCACUCGACCAGUCCAUCUUAUGUCCUCCCUUCGAUGGAUUAUCGAGAACGGUUUUGA